AUGGCUUUCCACGCGCAACUUGGCCUCCCGAAUAUUGCGGCAGUGACCUCCGAUCUGUGGCCGUCAGUGUCAAAUGUGCUCUCCGCGCCAUGGGGAGGUCGCCAGACAACUGUCUCCAGCUCGCGUGCGUACCAUGCGUCAUCCGUGAGAAAGUCGAAGCAGACGGCGCGGAAUGAUAGGACUCUGCCGGCUCGGAUUACUUUGCCAGAUAGACUUGGGGUAGAUACUCUACGAGCAGCCGCGGAACAGAACCUAUCCAUGCGCCAGUCGUCACCUCUUACCAUGUUGCCACAAGGUAGACGUGUGGCCGGUUUGAGCUCGCAGCUCUCCCGACUCACAGCCCCCAGACGCCACCACUCUACUUUAUCAUUCACUCAACUCAACCGACCCACCACUAUCCCCAGACUAGCCGGCCUAUCUCCUCUCCAGUCCCAGAGAUAUCUGUUUGGAGGCUCGUCCCAGAACGUUCUCGCGCGUAUGGAGACGUCUGCGAACAAUAACCCCGGAAGUGCUGCGGCUCAAAACUCCUUCUACAACGCGCUAUUGAAGGCAAAUAUGCCGGGAAUCAUCAUCGAACGGUACCGAAGUGGGAAAUUUGCGAGCAACAGCCUGUCAGAAGCUACGUAUAUGAAAGCGCUCCAGAAAGUUGGCAGCGGCACCGAAUCAGCCAUUGGUCACGGACAACAGCAGCUUAACCCCGCAAACCCCAAUGUGACCGCGGACCAGCUUCAGGCCAUCGGCCAGGCAGUGGCUGCUCGCUCGCAUGGCGGUCAAAUCGGUAUAUCUAACAAGAACAGUGGUACCGGAGCCAAGGAUACCCCGCUCUAUGUCGUUGUUGAUGAGUCUCUCGGUAGCUCUAUCUUCCGUUGGGUUAGGUUCUUCUUGUUUUUCGGUUUCAUCACGUACUUUUCACUUCUUCUCGUUACCGUCUUUGUUGAGACAACUGGUAUUAUGAAGAAUGUCCGAGGGUCGCAGACCAACGAAGCUAAACCUGAGCAUCAAACGGUUCGAUUCAGUGAUGUCCAUGGAUGCGACGAGGCAAAGGAUGAACUUCAAGAGCUUGUCGAAUUCCUGUCUAACCCUGACCGGUUUUCCUCUCUAGGCGGUAAACUCCCCAAAGGUAUACUCCUUGUUGGGCCUCCCGGAACUGGUAAAACUCUUCUUGCCAGAGCUGUUGCCGGAGAAGCUGGUGUUCCUUUCUUCUACAUGUCUGGAUCUGAAUUCGAUGAGAUAUAUGUUGGGGUCGGAGCUAAGCGUGUUCGUGAACUGUUCAACCAGGCGCGUAGCAAAGCGCCAGCUAUCAUCUUCAUCGACGAGCUUGAUGCCAUAGGCGCUAAGAGAAAUGAACGAGAUGCAGCAUACGUUAAACAGACUCUCAACCAGCUUCUGACCGAGCUCGACGGCUUUUCGCAGACAAGUGGUGUGAUCAUCAUUGCAGCAACCAACUUCCCAGAAUUACUUGACAAAGCUCUAACCCGUCCCGGCCGGUUCGAUAGGAAGGUCAAUGUCAAUCUCCCCGACGUUCGUGGCCGUGUCGACAUUCUGAACCACCAUAUGAAGAACAUCCAAGUCAGCACAGAAGUCGACGCUACAGUCAUUGCCCGUGGAACCCCUGGCUUUUCCGGCGCUGACCUAGAGAAUCUCAUCAACCAAGCUGCUAUCCGCGCCAGUAGGGACAAGAAGGCUAAGGUCGGCCCUGAAGACUUUGACUAUGCUAAGGAUAAGAUCUUGAUGGGCGCGGAGGCCCGCAACCGCAUGCUUAGGGACGAGGACAAGCUUAAGACAGCGUACCACGAAGCCGGACAUGCCCUUGUUGCUUACUUCUCACCUGACGCCAUGCCGCUUUAUAAGAUAACCAUUGUGCCUAGAGGCAUGUCGCUGGGAACUACACAUUUCUUGCCCGAAAUGGAUAUCGUCUCAAAGGAUUAUACAGAGUAUAUUUCCGAUAUCGACGUCUCCAUGGGCGGUAGAGCAGCCGAGGAGCUUAUAUAUGGACCGGACAGAGUUUCCAGUGGUAUCUCAGGUGAUAUUCGAAGUGCCACUCAGACUGCCUUCACGUUAGUGACACAGUAUGGUUACUCUAAAAAGCUGGGCAACGUUGACUUGAAUACCGGCUACAACAAACUCUCUGCGUCAACGAAGCAAGAAAUUGAAAAUGAAGUACGCCGUCUUGUUGACGAAGCUAGCGCUCGUGCAUCAGCCAUCUUGAAAGAGCAUCGACAUGAACUUGAAUUGCUGACCAAGGCCCUGCUCGAAUAUGAGACUCUAACGAAAGAGGAGAUGGAGAGAGUGUUAAAGGGCGAGAAGCUAGAUAAGCUAUUAUUGACUUCCAAGGCACCGAUAAAGCUUCCGGAAGCCCUGGCUUCUGUUCAUAUAAAACCCACCACUGAAGAUGCUGCUUCGUCAAAGUGA